AUGUCCCUUACACAACGCGUUGUCAUCAUUGGAGCUGGUAUCGUGGGUACCAACCUCGCCGACGAGCUGGUCUCCCGAGGAUGGAAUAAUAUCACUGUUGUCGAGCAGGGUCCGUUACAUAUGCCGGGCGGAUCGACGUCACACGCCCCCGGACUUGUAUUUCAGACAAGUCCCUCCAAGACAAUGACACAUUUCGCACGAUACACAGUCGAGAAGUUCCUAUCGAUUGAGAAGGACGGGCACAAAUGCUUCAACCAAGUCGGCGGCCUCGAAGUUGCAACCACCCCCGCACGACUGCAAGAUCUAAAGCGGAAACAUGGAUACGCAUCGUCAUGGGGGAUCGAGGCCCGGCUAGUGAGCGCCGAGGAGUGCUUCAAGAUGUAUCCUCAUCUGAACAACGAUAUGGUGCUGGGAGGUCUUCAUAUCCCCAGUGAUGGCCUUGCACUAGCAGCGCGAGCUACACAGCUGCUCAUUGAACGGACAAGCAGGGCCGGUGUUCGUUAUCUGGGCCAUACUCCUGUAACUGGGAUUGAGCGGGACGGGCGCCGUGUCACUGGAGUCACUACUCCAAGUGGCACCGUCCCGGCGGAUAUUGUUGUCUCUUGCGCUGGGUUCUGGGGUGUUGAAUUGGGUGCAAUGGUCGAUGUGGAAAUUCCAUUGCUUCCGCUGGCGCAUCAGUAUGCAAAGACCACGGCAGUGCCCGCUCUCGCUGGCCGAGAUAUCAACAGCUUACCAAAUGGAUUGAAUGCCACCCUCCCAAUUCUCCGACAUCAAGACAAGGGUCUUUACUACCGUGAACAUGGUGGACAGUAUGGUAUUGGAUACUACGGACACCGUCCAAUGCCCGUCGUUGCAUCAUCACUAGGACUCACACCCAAAGAUGUUGAUGAACAAAAUAUGCCCUCUCGCCUCAAUUUCACAACCGAAGACUUCGACCCAGCUUGGAAAGAGUCCCAAAAUCUGCUCCCUGCCCUUCAGGAUACGGAGAUCGCAGAUGGCUUCAAUGGCAUCUUUUCCUUCACACCCGACGGCGGUCCAAUCCUCGGCCAACCCUCCCACCUCGACGGCUUCUACGUAGCCGAGGCUGUAUGGGUUACACACUCAGCAGGCGUUGCCCGAGCUCUAGCACAGAUUCUCACAACCGGCCGAUCAGAGAUCGACGUGUCUGAAUGCGAGCUAUCUCGUUUUGAAGAAGUCCAACUCAGUCGAGACUAUGUGACCGAGACCGGGAAGCAGAAUUUCGUCGAAAUAUAUGACAUUAUCCAUCCGCUUCAGCAGCGGGUAUCGCCCCGCAAUUUGCGUGUUAGUCCAUUUUACUCCCGCCAGCUGGAGCUGGGGGCUUUCUUCUUGGAGACUGGGGGCUGGGAGCGACCGUGGUGGUAUGAGGCAAACAAAGAUCUCGUAAAGUCUCUUCCACCAUCAUGGCAGCCUGUUGAUCGGGAUCCCUGGUCAGCCCAGCUUCAUUCGCCUAUCACUGCUGCCGAGGCUUGGAAGACGCGGAAUGCGGUUGCUAUUUUUGAUAUGACUGCUUUCCAUCGGUUUGAAGUGUGCGGUCCUGGAGCAAUCGAUCUGCUCCAACGGCUGACUACAAGUGAUAUCACCACCAAGCCAGGGACCGUUACUUAUACUCUCUUCUUGAAUGAUCACGGUGGUAUUCGGGGUGACAUCUUUGUACUACGACUCGACGAUGAUGUGUUCCAAAUCGGAGCGAACACUGCAACAGAUCUGGCAUAUCUUACCAGAGAAGCUCGAGUCCAGGAGCGGAGCACCCCCGGGAAAUGGAUUCAAGUCCGCGAUAUCACAGGGAGUACAUGUUGCAUCGGGCUCUGGGGCCCUCGGGCCCGGGAUGUCAUCGCUGGAAUUAGCACAGUCGACAUUUUUAACAAGGGACUUCCCUAUUUCAGUCUCAAGAAAACAGUUCUGGCGGGUAUCCCAGUUACAAUGAUCCGAAAGUCCUACGUCGGCGAACUAGGUUGGGAAAUCCAAACCAGCGCCGAGUAUGGCCAACGUCUAUGGGACACGAUCUGGCAUGCUGGAAAGCUGCACGGACUUAUUGCUGGAGGCCGCAGUGCGUUCAACUCAAUGCGCCUUGAGAAGGGAUACCGGACCUACGGCGUGGAUAUGACGACAGAGCACAAUCCGUUCGAAGCUGGCGUUGCCUAUGCUGUGGAUGCAAAUAAGAAAGAUGACUUCGUCGGCAAAGCCGCCCUUCGACGUCUUUCUAGCCAAGUACCUUCGCGACGACUACGAGCUUUGACCGUUGAUGAUGGUCGGUCGAUGAUUCUUGGCAAAGAGCCCGUGUUUUACAAUGGAAAAGCGGCCGGCUAUGUAACCACCGCUGCAUUUGGGUACACUAUUCGCCAACCAAUUGCUUAUGCCUGGCUUCCUGGGAAUGUGAGUGAAGGUGAGACAGUGGAGAUCGAGUAUUUCGGGAAGCGCAUCAAGGCGACUGUCCAGGUAGAGUCGCUUUAUGAUCCCGAGAUGAACCGUCUCAACCAGGAUAGCUUGUCUUCAGCGACUGGGCCACGAGCUUCCUUCAGGUCACGACUUUGA